UGGGUAGCGGCGGAGCGUGGGGGCCGGGCCAGUUAAAGAGCUGCCUGGAGUCAAGCAGAGGCGGUUUCACAGGGAUCCGUGGGCGGAGGUAUUGUACUGUGUUAUGGGUGAUAGAAAAGAAGCUAAAAUGCAUAUAACACCGGAAACUCCAGGACGGGUUGCUGUUCUGAACCCUUUUGAAAGUCCAAGUGAUUACCAUAGUCUGCAGGAACACGUUGUUUCCAGUCCUUCUGUCUUUAAAUCAACGAAAGCCUCAUCGACCCCAGGAAAAUUUAGGUGGUCUAUUGAUCAGCUGGCUCUAAUAAAUCCUGUGGAAAUUGACUCUGAAGAUGUUCGACGUCAAGCAAUGUAUUUAAGUCAUGCUAGACUAGAUAAAGAGAUGGAAGACAAAAGACAAAAAGCAAUUGAAGAGUUUUUCACCAAAAGGCUUAUAGUUCCCUCUCCUUGGACUGAUCCUGAAGGCAAGCAAGUGUCCCAGUUCCAUUCAACUAAAUGUAUAGAUCUAAGCAACAUUUCACCAAUCGGAAGACAGUUAACUGUGCAAUCUGGAAAAAACAAUGCUGCUUGUCAAACAGUAUUGUCUUUGCCUGUGGACUUUAACUUAGAAAAAAUAUUAGGUGACUAUUUUAAGACUGAAGAAUUUGCAGAUCAGUCUCAGGAAAACCUUAGUUCCUCAUCACUUAGAAGAAAAUUAUUUUUAGAGGAGAAUGGAAGUGUAUCUGAGUGUUUAUCCCCUUCUUUGCAAAGUCCAUGUAAUAAUCGGCCACCAUCCCUUGGAGUGCUCUGUUCAAUAGAUAUAUCUCCAGUCCGGUGCAGAAGCCCUCUAGAAACAUCUAGCUCAGGUCAGUUUUCCUCAAGUCCUAUCCAGGGAGGCACAAGAGCAUAUAGUCUGGGGAGCAUAACCAGUCCCACAUUUCCAGAGAAGUCCCCUGCAAAUGCUGCUUCUCCUACUUUUUCUCCAAUUGCUUUUCAGAUAAGAAAGACACCACUGUCAGAACAAAGGAAAUUUAUGUUUCGUUCUCCUGAUGUUCCUUCUUCAUCAAAAUCAAACAUGAGGACAUCUCCCAAUACUAGGAGUCCUUAUAUAGAUGGCUGUUCUCCAAUUAAAAAUUGCUCUUCUGUGAAACUUGGAGCAUGCAAAGGGACUGCACAAUAUCAGACCUCCCUCAUUAGGAUACCAAUUCCACUUGAAAAUCACAAUCAAGAGGAAGAUAAUAAGGAAAAUGCCCCACCAGCAGAAGGCCUGUUUCCAAAAAUGGAAAAUUCAAUGAAUCUACGACAGGAAGAUGGUGAUACUUUUGCCCAUGGCACGCAUUUGGUUGUGGCAACUGUAUCCAUUGCACCAGAUCUCUCUGAAGCUUGUGAGCAGGGACUGUCAUUGUUGCAGGAGAUAGAAGGGUCAAAGGAAAAUAAUACUGUAGAUAUGGUCGAUCCAAUUGAGGUGUCAGAUGAGAACGCUUGGGUAAAGGAAACGGUUGGUAAUAGCAACAUGCCAAUGACAAGCUUCAUGACAGGAAUUACCUUCAGUAUUGAAAGUUCUCACAUGUUCAUGUCACCUCUUGCAGAAAGCAGUGCAAUUCCUUGUGACAGCAGUAGUAUUCAGAUGGACAGUGGCUAUAAUACACAGACGUGUGGAAGCAGCCUUAUGGACACUGUUGGAGCUGAAAGCAGUUGCAGAGAAAAUGAUCCACGUGCUUAUGAAGUUCCAAACAAAUCUGAGCAUCUCAAAACAAAAGAGCUUCCUGGUUUAAACCAUAAGGACAAUCAUCUGCUGGGAGCAAAAUCUCCAGAGAAGCGACCAUGUUUCCAUAAAGUGAAAACCUACAAUACAAUAUUUAGUCAAAAUGCAACUUGCAAUUUUGCUACUUGGAAACAUACCAGUGAACAUCAGAUUCAGGGAUUACACAGCAAUGCAAGUAUACCUAGUCCUAGGACUCUGGAUGGGAUAUCUACCUGUCAUUCCAUGCAACAACCUACAGAAAUGCCUCUCUAAAACUGAUUAGACCAUGGAGGAGUUAGCACAUCAUAAACCUACAAAUGGAAUUAGUUUCUAGGUUGGAGCAUUGCAUCAAUUACAUUAUGAACACUUGAAAGAUAUGUGAAAAAUGAUUUUUUAUGGCAAUAAAACAGUGCCUGAAGUGAAAGCUGUUUAGGCAGACUAGUGUAAGGAAUGUAAUUUAAUUACAGAAAGCUGCAUUGUUUUUAUUACCUCAGAAGUGAUAACUCUGGAAAAAUGUAUAUAGAAAUUAAACAGGGAAUUUUCUUACUACCAAUAAAGUGUAUGCCCUGUUUUUUUCAAA